AUGAAGGCUGUUUCUCUCCGGGUCCUGUUUGUGCUGAAGAUCUUGUGCCUGGCGACCCUGGCUGGAGGGCAACCCAAAGCACCUCUGAAGUGUUCAACAGAGUGCAGCCGUUUUACAUCUGGGAUAGCGGCGAAGCGGAUAAAGAGCUACCGCAUGACCGAACCCCGCUGCACUAAACAAGCUGUCAUAUUUAUUACUCUGAAGUCCCUGGAGAUUUGUGCAGAUCCAGAGGCAGAGUGGGUGAAGAAGAUCAUACAGAAACUGGACCAGAAAAAUGCCAUAGCCUCCCCACUUCCAUGUGAUGCCACCUCAGCAGUGGCACCAGAAGAGGUCGGUGUUUUUCAGAAACAUGUUGGUCUUACAAUAACAGUUCCAUCUCAAGCGACUGCUCCAACUAGUUUCUUCCAGGGGACUGGCACAACAGUUCUGGAGAGAAUACGUGUUCCUGCUGCCAGGACAGAGGCAUCCAGCAAGCCUCCACCAGCCAUGCAGGACACCACCCAGGUCCCUGCAGGAUCAUCCCCUGUGAUACAGGAAGUUGCUGCCCGCUCAGAAGUCACUCCAGAAGCAAACAGAGAUUCCUUAAAAUCUCCUGCACCUUCAACAACUUUUGCAGCAGGCAUGGUCUCCAGCCAGUCCACCCCAUAUCCCACGGCUCUUGUGCAUAGCUUUGACAAUGCUGUGGGAUCUACAGAAGAACCUGUAGGACGUACCGCAAAUGCUACGGCUCAUAUUGGAGACACCGCUUCUCCUAGCUCAAAUUCAGACCCCAUGGACAUUACUAAAGGAUCAGACCAUCCUGUACUUUCUACAAAUGAAUCCCUGGACCCUACAAGUGCAAGAGACAAUGCACCAGAUGCUGCUUCUAGCAGUUCUAGUUCAGAUCUCCCCUCCCUCCUGGGCAGCAUGGAGAUCACCACAAUCCCAGCCACACCAGUUCCACCAGAGGCUACCCCAAUUUCUACUCUAAACUCCACAACUGCCACAGACAAAGGUACUUCUGUCUAUACCAAUAAGGUUGCCAAUUCUUCUGCAGGUGCUUUUGGUACUAGAAUAUUUGAUUCUUCAUUGCCUGUAGCAAAGCAAGAGCCUUCAGAUACAAUAGUUUUUACUAGUCAAGCAUUCUCAGGCCAAGUCAGAGUGCAGAUAACUACAGAAAGACCAAACAAUCUGCUUCUUCACAGCUUCUUAUCAAGAUCUCAGAUGCAUUUUAUCAUCCCAGUUUCUGUGGUAGGUGGUCUGAUGGUUUGCAGUGUUGCCAUUGUGUGGCUAUAUCUAAAAUUUGGAGUCAAAACGGAAGAAACGUCAAGAGAAAUGGUACAGGGGUUGCUCUACCAGAAUGGAGGACAUGAAAACAGUGUCUAUCCAAUGGAAGUAAUCUGA